AUGGGGGCUGAGGCCGACACCUUUCUUCCAGGCGCACUUCCAGUAGACACGAGCCACGUGCUACAGUGCCCUGCGUCGGCCCUUCCUUUUCUUCAGGAGCUCCGUUCGCGUCAUCCAGUCAACGAAAAUGACCCUUUCAAGAAACUGCCAGAGGUUCAGACUCCGUCCUCUGAGCACGCCACGCGUUCCACGGUCGCGGACGUGAAGAUGGAGUGUGUCGCAAGCGAGCCGGAGCGGGGUCUCACCGAGAACCUCGCGGAUACAUACGUGUCAUCGGGGAGCGCGUGCGUGGAUUUCCUCUUCCACGUGCUGCCGCUGACCGAGCGCGACGAUGCGCAGCGGCGGCUCGCGGCUGCGUGGGCGGAGGAUCCAGCCACGGCGCUGCGACUGGUGAUGCAGCUGCGCGCGGUUCGCGGCACGGGAAAAAGCGACCGCUCCAGCUUCUUCCACUGUGUCACGUGGCUUUACCAAGACCACCCGCGGACGCUCGUGCAAAAUCUGUGGCUGGUUCCGGAAUUUGGGUGCUUCAAAGAUCUUCUGGAGACCGUGCGGCUCGCUUUGGCGGUGGAAGGCGCAGACCGCAUGGAGUACGGUGCGGUGGCUUGGAAUGGCGCGAAUAAGGGAAAUAAGAUGAUGAAGAAGCGCGACUGGAACGGGAGCAGAAAGCAGAAGAGACGGGAGAAGCGGGUGGAUGACGUCGUGGAGGACGAAACGGUGGCUUGGAAUGGCAAGAAAAAGGGAAAGAAGUUGAUGAAGAAGCGCGGCGGGAACGGGAGCAGGGGCGGCAAAGGAGGCGGGGAAAAGCAGAAGAGUCGGAAGAAGCGGGUGGCGGAGAACAGGCGGCAGAUGGCGGAGGAGAGCGAGCGCGCGGCGGUGGUGCGCAAGGAAGCGCUCGCGCGGAGGGCGGCGGCGGUGGUGCACGCGUACGAGACGAGCGAGCGGCUGCGCGCCGUGCACAACGCGGUGGCGGCGAUCUUCGCGGCUGCGCUGAAGGCGGACCUGGAGACUAUGCGCGCGUUCGAAGAGGGGCGCGCGCGGAAGACCGGGGAGGGGGUGAAGGAAGAGAGCGGUGGCAAGGGCAAGAAGAAGCGCAAGUGGAUGGGGAUGCCAGCACCGAAGCUCUCUCUGGCAGCCAAGUGGGCGCCCUCCCCUGGCAAGUCGUUCGAUCACUGCACUCUCCUCACCUCCUCCAUCGCCCUCCACCUCUUCCCCCCCUCCUCCUCUUCCCCCUCUUCCGCUGCUGCUGCUUCUGCUGCUGCUGCUGCUGCUACUGAAUCUGAAAUGGAUGUGGACGGUGGAGCAGCAGCAGGGGGGGGGGGAGGGUACGUGCGAGUGGCGAAGGAGAGGCUGCAGAGGGAGGUGCUGGCGCCGCUGCGGAGAGCGCUGGAGGUGCCCGAGGUGCACAUGAGCAGCGGGCGGUGGGAGCACGUGGCGUACGGGCGCGUGCCGUCCGUGUGCAUGAAGAACACCCGCAAGCGCUUCCUCUCCCACGAUGAGGCGCGCUUUAAGAAGUACCUCGAGGAUGUGAAGGGCGGGGAGGCAAAGAUCGCUUCGGGAGCGCUGCUGCCGCAUGAAGUGGUGAGAACGGCCAUGGCAGCAGCGGGGGAUAGAGUUGAUACAGUGGGAGAGCUGCAGUGGAAGGCCAUGGUGGCUGAUGUGCGCAGCAAGGGGUCGCUCGGGAACAGCAUGGCGGUGUGCGAUGUGUCGGGGAGCAUGGAGGGCACGCCCAUGGAGGUGGCCAUUGCACUGUCGCUGCUCGUGAGCGAGGUGAGCAGCGAGCCGUGGAAGAACCACCUCAUUACCUUCUCCGCGCAGCCGAGGAUCCACCACGUGCAGGGAGAGACCCUGGUGGAGCGCGUGAGAAGCACAGAGGGCAUGCCCGCGGGCUACAACACCAAUUUCCAGGCGGUGUUUGACCUGCUGCUGUCCCGCGCGCAGCAGUUCGAACUAGACCCGGCAGACAUGGUGCAGCGCCUCUACGUGUUCUCCGACAUGCAGUUUGACGAAGCACGCUCGGGCGGUGGGUGUGGGCGUUACGGAGGCAAAAUGAGCGGCUGGGAGACGGACCACCAAGCGAUUGUGCGCAAGUACACUGCGGCGGGUUAUCCUGUGCCGCAGAUAGUGUACUGGAACUUGAGGGGGGAUGCGUCUGCGAGCAGCACGCCGGUGGCUGCGAGUGAGGAUGGGGUGGCGCUGGUGUCGGGGUUCAGCAAGGGCAUGCUGCUGGCUGUGUUGGAGGGCAAGGAGCUUUCUCCCAUGAUAGUGCUGGAGGAGGCUAUUAAGGGAAAGCUCUUUGAGCUUGCUGCCACCUUUCUCCCAGGCCCACUUCCAGUAGACACGAGCCACGUGCUACAGUGCCCUGCGUCGGCCCUGCCUUUUCUUCAGGAGUUGCGUGCGCGUCGUCCAGUCAACGAGGAUGACCCUUCCAAGAAACUGCCAGAGGUUCAAACUCCGCCAUCUGAGCACGCGACGCGUUCCAAGAUCGCAGACAACAAUGCCACCGACGACAUGAAAACGGAGCCCGUCGCAAGCGAGCCGGAGCGGGGCCUCACGGAGAACCUCGCGGAUACAUACGUGUCAUCGGGGAGCGCGUGCGUGGAUUUCCUCUUCCACGUGCUGCCGCAGACCGAGCGCGACGAUGCGCACCGGCGGCUCGAGGCUGCAUGGGCGGACGACCCAGCCACGGCGCUGCGGCUCGUGAUGCAGCUGCGCGCGGUGCGCGGCACGGGUAAAAGCGACCGCUCCAGCUUCUUCCACUGCGUCACGUGGCUUUACCAAAACCACCCGCGGACCCUCGUGCAGAAUCUGUGGCUGGUUCCGGAAUUCGGGUGCUUCAAGGAUCUUCUGGAGAUCGUGCGGCUCGCUCUGGCGGAGGAAGGCGUAGACGCCAUGGAGGACGGUACGGUGCCUUGGAAUGGCACGAAUCAUGGAAAGAAGAUGAUGGGGAAGCGCGAUGGGAACGGGAGCAGGGGCGGCAAGGGAGGCAAGAGUCGUGAGGAGCGGGUGGCGGAGAACAGGCGGCAGAUGGCGGAGGAGAGCGAGCGCGCGGCGGUUGUGCGCAAGGAAGCGCACGCGCGGAGGGCGGCGGCGGUGGCUCACGCGUACGAGUCGAGUGAGCGGCUGCGCGCCGUGCACAACGCGGUGGGGGCCGUCUUCGCGGUUGCGCUGAAGGGGGACCUGGAGACGAUGCGCGCAUUUGAAGAGAAGCGCGCGCGGAAGACCGCAGAGGGGGGAGGGGCGAAGUCGGAGGAGGGGGAGUUGAAGAAGGAAAACGAGAAGGCAGAGGCAGGGGAGAAGGCUAUGGAGGUAGAGGGGGAGGGGCUGAAGGAAGAGAAAGAGGAGAAGGGAGGGGAUGGCGAGAGCGGUGGCAAGGGCAAGAAGAAGCGCAAGUGGAUGGGGAUGCCGGCGCCGAAGCUGUCUCUGGCUGCCAAGUGGGCGCCCUCCCCUGGCAAGUCGUUCGAUCACUGCACUCUCCUCACCUCCUCCAUCGCCCUCCACCUCUUCCCCCAAUCCUCCUCCUCUUCCACUCCUUCCUCUGCCGCUCCUGCUGCUGCUGCUGCCGCUAAAUCCGAUGCUGCUGAUGCCGAGAUGGAUGUGGACGGUGGAGCAGCAGCGGGCGCGGGGGGGUACGUGCGCGCAGCAAAGGAGCGGCUGCAGAGGGAGGUGCUGGCGCCGCUGCGGAGAGUGCUGGAGGUGCCCGAGGUGCACAUGAGCAGCGGGCGGUGGGAGCACGUGGCGUACGGGCGCGUGCCAUCCGUGUGCAUGAAAAAGAGCCGCAAGCUCUUUCUCUCCCAUGACGAGGCGAGGUUCAAAGAGUACCUCGAGGAUGUGAAGGGCGGGGAGGCAAAGAUCGCUUCGGGAGCGCUGCUGCCGCAUGAAGUGGUAAAAACGGCCAUGGAAUCAGUGGGGGAUAGUGACGAUACAGUGGGUGAGCUCCAGUGGAAGGCUAUGGUGGCUGAUGUGCGCAGCAAGGGGUCGUUCGGGAACAGCAUGGCGGUGUGCGAUGUGUCGGGGAGCAUGGCAGGUAUACCCAUGGAGGUGGCCAUUGCACUGUCGCUGCUCGUGAGCGAGGUGAGCAGCGAGCCGUGGAAGAACCACCUCAUUACCUUCUCCGCGCAGCCCACAAUCCACCACGUGCAGGGAGAGACGCUGGUGGAGCGCGUGAGACGCACGCAGCACAUGGCCUGGGGCUACAACACCAACUUCCAGGCGGUGUUUGACCUGCUGCUGUCCCGCGCGCAGCAGUUCGAACUAGACCCGGCCGACAUGGUGCAGCGCCUGUAUGUGUUUUCUGACAUGCAGUUUGACGAAGCAGGUAGGGCUAGUGAAGGCGACUGGGAGACGGACCACGAGGCGAUUGUGCGCAAGUACACUGCGGCGGGUUACCCUGUGCCGCAGAUAGUGUACUGGAACUUGAGGGGGGAUGCGUCUGCGAGCAGCACGCCUGUGGCUGCGAGUGAGGAUGGGGUGGCGCUGGUGUCGGGGUUCAGCAAGGGCAUGCUGCUGGCUGUGUUGGAGGGCAAGGAGCUUACUCCCAUGAUAGUGCUCGAGGAGGCUAUCAAGGGAAAGCUCUUUGACCUCGUUCAGGUUGUGGAUUGA